CACUCUUGGAUACUCCCGCUUCACGCACUCCCCGUAAUACAACAACGCCUCCAGGAAUCGCAACGACUCUGACGAUACCGCCACCGCAUUCCUCUCCGAUACCAAGGCAUCCACCAACCGACGAGCCGCUCUUGGUCCUUCAUUUGUUAUCCUCUUCUCAAAGUCUGGCACAAUCAACGCCAACUCCGUGUCGUCUGGAACACAGUCACCUGCCACUGUGCCACCUGCCACUGUGCCACCUGCCACUGGGCCACCUGCCACUGGGGCACCUGCCACUGGGGCACCUGCCAAUGGGCCACCUGCCACUGGGCCACCUGCCACUGGGCCGUCAUCUGCCUCGCUGGCGUGUGUACAGCC